AUGCCUCUCAAUGCAUUAUUAGGGAUACAAGGAGCAGUAUUUCUUUUGACAUGUGCUAGAUUGUUAGGCAUUUCUGACUUCAUUUUAUGCACUAAUAAUUCUACAAUAGCCAAGAUAUCUGUAGAAAUGAAAACGUAUUAUAAUCUGAAUUUAGGGGAUCAUGACCUGUAUAAAAUUUAUCGACAUUCUGACCGGGCUCUAAUAAUGGAAACAGAUCCAAAUUUUAGGUUUAAAAAAGGACCUUAUCACAGCUUUUAA